GGGGCGCCAUCUGUUCAGGUCUUAAUGCCAGCGCUGUCUCCUACUAUGGAGGAAGGAAACAUUGUGAAGUGGUUGAAGAAGGAAGGUGAGGUGGUGAAUACAGGAGAUGCUCUGUGCGAGAUUGAGACUGACAAGGCCGUGGUCACGAUGGAGUCCAAUGAUGAUGGCAUAUUAGCCAAAAUAAUGGUUGAAGAAGGCAGCAAAAAUGUGAGACUGGGAUCUUUAAUUGCACUUUUUGUGGAGGAAGGGCAGGACUGGAAACAGGUUGACGUUCCAACCGUUCAGAGUCCACCAUCACCAAGUUCGCUCCCUGUGGCAGCCGAGGCAACCCCGACCCAGUGAAGGCUCUUGUCCAGCCUGCCAAACUUGGAUUCCGUAUAAGUCCAGCGGCUCGACACAUAUUGGAUACACAUGGGGUGGACCCAAAAAGUGUGGUUGCGUCUGGCCCCCGUGGGAUAAUCACAAAAGAAGAUGCUCUUCGGGCCGUGUCGCAGAAAAAGGACGUUGGGGAGAAAGUUGCACAGCCAGUUCAGGCCACACAAGCAGAAAAGAUGGCACCAGUAACUACAUCACAGCCGUUAGUAUCUUCACCGCCAGCUUUUCCACGUCCACCUGACCCACCAAUGUCUUAUCCUGGGAUGCCGUCUGCAGCGGCAACAUUUUCUGAAAUACCAACCAGCAACAUCCGAAAGGUUAUCGCCAAAAGGUUAACGGAAUCUAAAACCACCAUCCCUCAUGCCUAUGCCAGCACAGACUGCGACCUUGGAGCGGUUCUCAAGCUGAGGAAGGAACUGGCUAAAGAUAAUAUAAAAGUCUCCGUAAAUGAUUUUAUCAUCAAAGCCACAGCUUCAACCCUCAAACAACUGCCUGAGGUGAAUGUCACAUGGAAUGGAGAAGGCCCCAGCAAGUUGGAGUCCAUUGACAUCUCCAUCGCCGUGGCAACCGACCGAGGCCUAAUCACUCCUAUAAUAAGACAAGUCAGCAACAAGGGAAUUCAAGAAAUUGCAGAGACUGCAAAGAUUUUGGCACAGAAAGCAAGAAGUGGAAAACUGUUACCAGAAGAGUAUCAAGGAGGCUCAUUCAGUAUCUCCAAUCUUGGCAUGUUUGGGAUUACUGGAUUCAGCGCAGUAAUAAACCCUCCACAGUCCUGCAUCCUGGCGGUUGGACGCUCCCGAACUGAGCUUGCCAUGGCAGAAGAUGAUGAAGGCAAGCCCCAAAUCUGUCAGAAAGAGUUGAUGAGCGUUACGCUGUCUAGUGAUGGUCGCCUGGUGGACGAUGAAUUGGCGUCUAUGUUCCUGGAUCGGUUCCGAGCCAACUUGGAGAACCCAAUCAGAUGUGCCCUAGUGUGA